AUGACCAAGUUUUUUCCCGAAGAUUAUUAUCCAUUAGAAAAGUCACCAUUAUGUAUUCAUUGGCUUUUAUCAAUUCCACCACCUACAAUAAAACUUUCAGAUGUUGCGAAAAAACUUAAAUCAUUAUUAGAAUCCAAUAAAACAAAUAAUAAUAAAUUAAUAACUGAUGAUUCAAUUAACGAUUAUAAUGAUAUUAAUAAUAACAAUAACACUCGGAUAAAUUUAAAAGAAAGUGAACAUAUUCGAAAAUCAAAUUUAUUUGCUGAAAUUGAACAAGAUAUAAUUGAACAACAUAUAACAUUACAACAACAACAGGCCAAAUUUAUUUGUUCUGAAUUUUGGUUUUCUACAGACGAAGAAAUUGCCGAAGCAUUAGAAGAUUGUAACGGUGAUGAGCAUAAUAGUGAUUAUUUUAAAGAAUUACGUAGAAAAAUCGUAUUCAAGCAUAAUAAAGAAGAUGUAGUUCAUAAAAGUUUACCACUAUUAUCAUCUCAAAAAGGACCAGUGGAAGAAAUGCAAACUGAUGACGAUGAUGACAAAAUCAUGACACCAAAAAGGCAACGAAAAAAAUCCACAAAGACAACUAGAGAUUCUUCAAGUCAUUAUAAACACUCAAGAAUGAAAGGUCGUCUUACAUUGGAUGAGGCAGUGAAACAAGUUGAAAAAAAUAAUAGAAAUUUUAAUAAGGCAUUUCAAGGAUGGUCAGAAGCUCGUGUUAGAGCUUAUAAAUUAAUUGACAAAAAUCCGAAUGCAUACUAUUAUCGGUUCAAUGCACCCGGUGAAGAACAAAGAUUAGGAAGAUGGGUUGAGGAAGAGGAAAUAUUAUUCUUUAAUAGAUUGGCAGAAUUAGGUAAUGAAUGUCAAUGGGGAAUAUUUUCAAUGGCAAUUCCUGGUCGUGUUGGUUAUCAAUGUUCCAAUUUUUAUCGAUAUUUAAUUGAAUCUGGAAGAAUUAAAGAUCCAAAUUAUGUAAUUGGAAAAAAUGGUAAGGCACAAUAUUUGUUUAAAUCUAUGAAUAAACGAACAACCGAAAAGGAAGAAAUGAUUAGAAAACAUUCAAAACAUGAAAGUCGUGUUAGAAAAAGUAAAACUAGUAAUAUUCCUGAAAGUCAUGUUUGUCCUAAACGAGAAAAAUCAACAAAAUCAUUUGCCAUCACCUCAUCUACUACUACAAAUGGAAAAAAACGAAAGAGAAAUCCUAUUAAAAAUGGUGAUAAUGAAGAUGAUGUGGACAAGGAGAAAGAAGAUAAUGAUAAAUCUGGUAAUUUUGUUUUGAAAUCAUGGAAUGGUAGUAAUAAAAAAAAAAAAAGAGUAAAAUCACAACAACAAGACCUAAUGCAAGAUGUAGCAGGAACCGAUGAUGUAGAUGUUAUUGAACAAAAUGACGAUGAUGAAAAUCCAUUGCCAGGUUUUAUUGAUACAAUUUCAUUUGAAGUAGUUAAACGUCCUGCAAUCUCUCCAUAUGGGCAUGUGAUGGGAUAUGAUAGUUGGGUAAAAUGUCUUUCUACAGGACCAAAGAAAAAUAUUUGUCCUUUAACCAAAAAACCUUUAAAAAAACGUGAACUUGUUAUAUUGACCAAGGAUAACAUAAAUCAAUACAGAUCCCAAAUUGUCAAUUUAAAUAGCCACUCCUGA